AUGGCGAUCUUUACAUACGUCCUGCUAUCUGUUGUCUCAGUCAUACUGCUCUACAAGGUGUACCAGCAUUACUCCAGCCAACGACCCGUAGCCGUCAACUACCACUUCACCCGACGAUGCAACAAGACCUGCGGCUUCUGCUUCCACACCGCCACAACCUCCAAGCUGGUAUGCGCAAGAUCUACUUCGCCGGCGGGUGGCGAGCCCUUCCUCUACCCCAAGUUCCUCGGCGAAAUGAUCGACUACUGCAAAGAGACUCUCCACCUCGAAUCAGUGUCGAUAGUCUCCAACGGCAGUCUCAUCCAAGAAAACUUCCUCAAGAAGCACGGCCACAACAUCGACAUCCUAGCUGUGUCCUGCGACUCCUUCGACGAGGCCACGAAUAUCAAGAUCGGUCGUGGUUCCGGCAACCAGGUCCCACAGCUGUACAAGCUCAAGUCAUGGUGCGAGAAGUACGGUAUCAAGUUCAAGAUCAACGCUGUCGUCUGCCGCCUAAACUACAACGAGGACAUGAAUGUACAUCUCGACGAACUCCAGCCCUUCCGGUGGAAGUGUUUCCAGGUCCUGAUCGUGGCAAUUGAGAACGGCUCGGAAGAGAGACUGCGCAAUGGGCACGACUUCACGAUCACGGAUAAGGAAUACGAAAGCUUCUGCGAUCGACAUAAGCAGCAGAAGUCGUUUGUUCCAGAGCCAAAUCACCUCAUGGCGAAGUCCUAUCUGAUCUUGGACGAGUACAUGAGGUUCUUGGACCGUGAUGGUCGGCAGCCGUCGAAGCCAAUAUUGGAGAUUGGGGUGGGUGAAGCACUGAAGAGUGUCUUCUGGGACGAGCAGGCUUUCAAGGAUCGUGGUGGCGUUUACGACUGGAGUCGUGAGGAUUCAUGCGGCAAAGAGAGGCAAGAGAUCGACUGGUGA